AGCGGGGACGGAAGCGGCCGGCGGGAGGUUGCCGGGGAGCUCGGGCCGCCAUGGACCGGAGGAAGAAGCCGCUGGACGUGGCCGCCUCCUCCUUGGUAGAUCUCAAAGCAGAGCUCUUCCGCAAACAAGAAGAAUUCAAGAAAGAAAAGCUACUGAAAGAUGCAGGCAUCUUUGCAAAGCCCAAACCCUCCAAUAAGAAACCAAGCAUCUGGACUAAACAAAACACAGGAGUCGCAAAACGAGCUGAGAAAGACAUUGAGCAGAAGGCAGAAGAGGAUCAAACCUUAGAUCAAUCAAGGAAGAAACUUGAAGAGAAAGCGAAGCUGUAUGAGAAGAUGACAAAAGGCGAUUUCCCAGAUGAAGAAACUGAAGAUUUGUACCUAGUGGAUUUCACUCAGAAGAUCAUAGACAAACAGCGAGAAGUACAGGAACUGUAUCAGAACGAAGCUGCUAGAAAGACUUUAGAAAAAGAGACAGAUGAUGAGGAAAUUGAACCAGAAAUGGAAAUACCACCGCCAGAGGACCCAGAUGAAGAAUGGGUUGAUUAUGUUGAUUCCUUGGGCCGAUCCAGACGCUGUAUGAAGAAGGACUUGCCAAGUAUACUUAAAAUGGAUCAGGAACUUCAAGGGAAAAGACUGGACCCUGAUGGGAACACGCUGUUAUCUGAAGAUAUGAAAAGAGAACUUCAGAGGCAGCAGUGGGAAAAAGAAGAAGAAGAAGCCCUUCGAAAACCCAUGGGGCCCAUUCAUUAUGAGGACAUUCGAGAAAACGAGGCCAGACAGCUUGGUGUUGGUUACUUUGCCUUUUCUCGUGACCAGGAUCUUAGGCAUAAACAACGGGCAACACUGGAUAUGCUAAGAGAGCAGACACUGGAUCAAAGAACUAAACGAGAACAGUUAAAAGAAAAAAGGAAGGCAGCUCUAGAAUCAAGGCUGUCUAAACUUCGAGCACGGAAGGUGAAGAAGUUAAGGGAAGAAGGAUUAGAAGAAGAGGCAGAAAAACUGGAGAAUGGAGUAGAGGCGAAAGACACCACCAGCCCGGUACAAGCUGAGCCUGAAGUUCCAAGACCAAGCAGAAAGGUAGAGGUUGUCAUCCAGGAGAGAAGAGAUACGAAGCCUGGUGUGCCUUAUGUCCGUGAGUGGGAUAAAGGCAAAGAGUUGAUGUUUGGACAAUGGUCGAAGAAGCAGGAAGAACUCAGAGAUGAGCGAGAUCCUGAAUUUGCACCACCUUCCGAUUACUUUAUGGGACAAAAGAAGGACGAUAGUUACAGCAGUCAGAAAUUGAACAGUCCUGAAACCUCUCCUGGAAAGACAGAACCAGAAAUAUCAGAGGACCAAAAGAAGUUAUCAGUGCAGGCCAGUACCCACAGAGCUGAAGUCGUGCCGCCAUCUGUACAGGCGUACAGCAACAGUGUUCAAGGUGGGCCAGGACCAGCUGAGGCCUCUGGCAGUGAUGCUGAAGAUGGAUCAACAUCGGCAGAGACUGACAGCAGUGAUGAGCAGGAUGGGCUGCCGUCAGCACACCCCUAUAUCUGUGGUGCUCAGAACAUGCUGCCAUCAAUGCCAGCUUAUGGCUACGGUGCUCAUCAUGUGCUGCCACCAAUGCAGCCUUAUGGCUACGGAGCUCCGCAUAUGAUGCCACCAAUGCAGCCUUACGGCUAUGGCACUCCACAUAUGAUGCCACCAAUGCAGCCUUAUGGCUACGGCACUCCAAAUGUGCCAUUUUCAAUGCACGCUUAUGGCUACGGAACCCAGGAUGCAGCACAACCAGUGCAGGCCUGUGGCUGCAGCGCCCAGGAUGCAGCACAACCAGUGCAGGCCUGUGGCUGCAGCGCCCAGGAUGCAGCACAACCAGUGCAGGCCUGUGGCUGCAGCACUCAGGAUGCAGCACAACCAGUGCAGGCCUGUGGCUGCAGCACCCAGGAUGCAGCACAACCAGUGCAGGCCUGUGGUUGCAGCACACAGGAUGCAGCACAACCAGUGCAGGCCUGUGACUGCAGCGCCCAGGAUGCACCUCCUCCAGGGCAGACAUACAGUGGUGACAAGCAAAAUCAGGAGCCACUUUACCAAAGUUUAGAUGAUAUGCUGUCUUAUUACAGACAAGUGACUUGAACUGAGUAAAACAAUAAACAAGAACUGUGAUUUGAAGAUCUGGAGUAGAAUUACCUUCUGAGCAAGAAUGUUAUCUUCCUAUGUCUGGGAAAAAUAAGGUUCUGUAAGUAGAUGAAAAUUUCCUGUUAAACUAAGCUACCUUACAUCACAGCUGUACUUCUACCCUGCCUGUUCUUUUUUUUCCUCUUUAUUAAAACUAUGUACUCUUUUGUCACUGCUUAACUAGCUUAGUAUGCGUUCUUAUUCUUUACCACUUAUGCCUGUACUUUCGGGUAUAGCUUCUGCUUUGAAGGUACUACAGGUUCAGUAAUAUCUAUAGAAACAGUAUUGAAAUGGCAGACCUGCUGUUGCUAAGUACAAAAAGGUUUUAAGAAAUGUUACCCACUUUAUCACCCAACUUCAGGGACAGAGUGCAGCAUAUUAGCUAGCAAGCAGGUGUGGGGAGUGCUGUCUAUGGUCAUAAUGCCUUCUGAGUUCCUGAAGUCUGUGUCUAACUUGUAAUUCUGUGAAGCAGAUCAGAGUUGGAGGAGGGCACUAUGGAAAAUGAUAAAUGAUGAUAAGACUAAGCAUAAAUGCUCCACUGAAUUAGAAGCCUUGACACCUGAAAUUACUGUCUUGCUGGUUUAGAAAAUGCUUUCUUCAUUGAUCAAGAACAUUCCUGCGUCAUUCUAUUAAGGCUUUAUUUAAUACUUGUUUCUGAAAUCUGUAUAUUGCAGUGAUAUAUAAAGCAGGCUAACCCACACCAAAUAAACUUACUGCAGUCUCA